CCCAACCAGAAUAACAACCUGAAACAUCCAAAAUGUCCAAACCUCCCCAACCGUUUCCAGAACUCCUCCUCUUGUUCCUCAUCUCCAUACCCUUCUAUGUAAUUUCAGAAACCAUAGAAACAGAGCGAACUGUUCUUCUCAACCUGAAGCAGCAGUUGGGCAACCCGCCGGCCAUCCAGUCAUGGAACGACUCAUCCUCACCAUGUUCUUGGCCAGGAAUCAACUGCACUGAUGGUUCAGUCACCAGCGUUUCGCUCCAUAUAAACAUCACCGUCAAAAUUCCACCAUCAAUCUGCAAACUUAAGAACCUCACAUUCCUUGAUUUGGCCUCCAAUUUUAUCCCCGGAGAGUUCCCAACUUUGCUCUACAAUUGCUCGAAGCUCCAGUACUUAGACCUCUCCCACAACAACUUCAUCGGCUCAAUUCCCGCUGACAUUUACAAAUUAUCUACUCUGGUUUACUUAGACGUCAAUAGCAACAACUUCUCCGGGCACAUUCCUCCAAGCAUCGGAGGAUUACGGGAAUUGAAAGAACUCCGUUUGCAAGAUAAUCAGUUCAACGGCACUUUUCCGAAGGAAAUCGGCAACCUAUCCAAUCUUGAGCGUCUAUGGAUGGCCAAUAAUGGCUUUGUGCCGAUGAAGAUACCCAAUGGGUUUACUCAAUUGAAGAAAUUGAAGAACUUAUGGAUAACGGAGACGAAUUUAAUCGGCACAAUUCCGGAUGGCUUCGCCGAUAUCUCGAGCCUAGAAUGGCUAGAGUUGUCGCACAACAAUCUGGAAGGUCCAAUCCCUAGCAGGCUUCUCAUGUUGAAGAAUCUGACUAACUUGUAUCUCUUCGAUAAUGAACUCUCCGGUGAGAUACCCAGAACCGUCGAAGCUUUGAACUUGGUUGAAAUUGAUCUUUCCAGGAAUAAUUUGACAGGCACGAUACCAGAAGAAUUUGGGAUGAUGCAAAAGCUGGUUUUCUUUGAUCUGAUAUCGAAUCAGUUAACAGGGGAGAUACCCGCCGGCAUGGAUAAACUUCCCGUUUUGAAGAUAUUUAAGAUUUUCUCAAACAAAUUGAGUGGAGUCUUACCAGCAGAAUUUGGCCUCCACUCAAAGCUAGAAGUUUUUGAGGUCUGCGGCAAUCAAUUCACCGGUCAACUACCAGAAAAUUUAUGUGCCGGCCGUGUUCUACGGGGAGUGGUUGCGUUUUCAAACAAUCUCAGCGGACCAAUACCGGCGUCGCUCGGAGACUGCAGCACUCUCACGACUGUUCAGCUUCACAACAACCAGUUUUCAGGGGAGAUUCCUCCAGGUCUCUGGACGACUUUCAAUUUAUCAGUUUUGAUACUGAGUAACAAUUCAUUUUCGGGGGAAUUACCGAGCCAACUAGGACGGAAUCUGUCCACGGUGAAAAUCAGCAAAAACAAAUUCUCCGGCAAUAUCCCUAUCGGAAUUGGUUCUUGGUCAAGUUUGAGAGUCUUCGAGGCAAGUAACAAUCUCUUUUCUGGCAAAAUCCCUGAGGAAACAACGAAUCUUUCUGGCCUAAUUACUCUCCACCUGGAUGGAAAUCAACUCUCCGGCCAAUUACCAUCGGAUAUAGCCUCCUGGAAAUCGUUGAAUACCUUGGAUCUAUCCGGAAACAAACUUUCCGGUCAAAUCCCGGCAGCAAUUGGGUCUUUGCCUGACCUCCUCAACCUGGAUUUAUCAGAAAACCAGUUUUCUGGAAAAAUCCCAGAUAACCUUGCGAACCUGAGGCUCACAUCACUGAACUUAUCAUCCAACAAGCUUUACGGAAAAAUCCCAGAUGACUCCAAACCCAGAAAACUGACCUCUAAAUAUCUUCCUUUGAUUCUGUCUCUUGCGGUUAUAAUCGUCAUAGUUACUGUUUUAUCGAUCCUGUUCGUGAUGAUAGACUACCGAGGUAAAAAACGAGAAGGUGAUCAUGCAACAUGGAAGCUAACCUCGUUCCAUAGAUUGGAUUUCACAGAAGAGAAUAUCGUGUCCAGGUUAACGGAGAAUAAUUUAAUAGGAAGUGGUGGGUCUGGAAAAGUGUACAAGAUUGCUAUUAAUGAGUCAGGCGGUUUUGUAGCUGUGAAGAGAAUUUGGAAUAACAAGAAACUGGAUGGUAAGUUGGAGAAAGAGUUCACAGCAGAAGUUGAAAUUUUGGGUAGGAUUCGCCAUGCCAACAUAGUAAAGCUGUUGUGCUGCAUUUCGAAUGAGAAUUCGAAGCAUCUGGUGUACGAGUACAUGGAGAACCAGAGCCUGGAUAGGUGGCUACAUGCGAAGGAGAAAAAAUCAAGUAGUCUCGGGAUGAAUUCAGUUCACCACGUUGUACUGGACUGGCCAACAAGAAUGCAAAUUGCUAUUGGUGCGGCUCAGGGGCUUUGCUACAUGCACCAUGACUACUGUCCACCCAUUAUUCAUCGUGAUGUCAAGUCUAGCAACAUUUUGUUAGACUCGGAAUUCAAGGCAAGAAUUGCAGAUUUUGGACUAGCGAAAAUGCUAAAUAAGCAGGGAGAGCCUCACACCAUGUCUGCAAUUGCAGGAUCUUUUGGUUAUCUUGCCCCAGAAUACGCGUACACUAGAAGGGUGAAUGAAAAAAUUGAUGUAUAUAGCUUUGGAGUGGUACUUCUGGAAUUGGUGACGGGAAGAGAAGCCAACAGGGGAGAUGAGCACACGAGCCUUGCAGAAUGGGCGUGGCAGCAUUACUCUGAGGGAAGGCCCGAGGUUGAAAUAUUUGAUCCGGAGGCCUACGAACCUUGUCACUUGGAGGAAAUGACUUCAGUGUACAAGCUGGGGCUUAUAUGUACGAGCACUUCACCAUCUUCCAGGCCUUCCAUGAAGGAAGUUUUGCAUUGUCUUCAACAUCAUGGUCCGCUGGGAAGAAGCUAUAAAGGAAAUAAAACGGAAAGAGAAGUUCAUGAUGCCCCCGUUCCUUGCAGCUCUACUUAUGGUUACAAGCAGAGUACAAAAGAAUCAGGGGAAGAUGACUACCGGGCGAUCAAUUGCGUCUGAUGCCCCACAGCACAUAAUAGUUGCCUACAUGACACGGUGAAAGAGAGAUCGUGUAGUUUCCGGCCGUUCAUGUUUCAGUAGUUUUUUGAAUCCAGCAAGAGCAGGUAAGAGAAAGAAUAAGAGGAAAAAACAGUAGUAGAUAACAAUAAGGCAGCUAAUGAACUGUAUUAGGGGAAGAAUGUACAAAGAUCUAAAGAAUGGUUUUAGGAUCUGAAUGUCACAUGAACCAAACAUCUUGCCACUUAAUGAUUAAUUCUCAUAAAAAAAACAAAGCCAAGAAAUGUACCGCAACACAAAUAGAACAAAUGAGAUGGGAAGUGCCUUCACAGAACCGAUGUAAUUCAUUAGCUUCUUGUAUCUGCAGAGCUCUGCACAUGUCCUACCAACUCACUCUGGAGUAUACCUGUAAAACCAUAGUGAAAGCCAGUAAUUAAUGUGGCACUUACCAUGGUGCUGUCUAGUUCUCAUUCCACAAGGACAAUUUUACUGCAUGCAUCAUCUUCCAAACAUUAGGUUGUUGAAUUCAAACUCAACCUGCUAAAAGGAAUCACACAAACCAAACAAACAGCGUAAAGAGAUCAUAAUUUGCAUAUACAAAAUGGAGGUUUCAAAAACGCAUGCCUUAUCA